AUGUACUCCUCAUCUAUCCUCCUCUCCCUAGCCCUCACAACCCUAGCCUCCGCAACCAUCAUCUCCUCUCCCCACUACCCCCGCGCAAACACCAGCACCUCCAGCACCUCCUCCGCCUGCGUUCCCGCCGGCGCAAUCCACAUGAUCGUUGCCCGCGCCUCCACCGAAUCCCCCGGCGAGGGAAUCAUCGGUUCCGUAGCCACCAUGGUCAAAGCCUCUCUCCCUGGCUCCGACUCCGAAGCCGUAGAUUAUCCAGCUACACUCACUCAAUACCAAGCCUCCGAAGCGUCGGGCGUAGCCGCCAUGCAGAAAUUGGUACAGGCGUAUGCGGAAAGGUGUCCCGGGAGUAAGAUGGCGGUGAUGGGGUAUUCACAGGGUGCGCAGGUGGCGGCGGAUGUUAUGUGUGGGACUUCUGAAACGGGGUUUGCUGGGAACACUCAGGCGUUGUCGGCAAAUAUUAGUAGUAAUGUCGUGGCAAUGGUUCUAAUGGGCGAUCCAUCCCACGUCCCCGCCGAAACAUUCAACGCCGGUACUGCCAAGAACAAUGGGCUUUUUGCCCGUCAAAAUAUUGCCGCCUGUCCUACCGAAAAAACAGUCUCUUAUUGUGACAACCAAGAUGAAUUCUGCGACUCCGGUAACUCCCUCCAAGUCCACCUCUCCUACGUCACCACCUACGGAACCGCCGCGGCGAAAUUCAUCACCGAUAAAAUGUCUGGUGAAACCCCCUCUUCCACUUCCACUUCCACAAACGGAACCGCAAAUGCAAAAAGCGCACAGGAUCUUACGCGCGCCGCGACUACUACUACUAGUACGAAUGAUGUUGCAAAGAUGGGCGUAUCUUGGGGUAUGCUAGUUGUCUUUCUUGGGCUGGGAGUUUUGAUUUAG